GAUGUACGGACCUUCCCCAACUCACCCCGUUGUUGCUGGCAUCUCGCCAACCUGCUUGUCUCACAACCCACGCGAUCGCAACGCUAAACCCAUCACAGCUGUAGGAAACGCGCUAUGUCGUCCCCAAAAGUCCGAGUUGCUAUCAACGGCUUCGGCAGGAUAGGGCGAUGCCUGUUCAGGUUCCUGUGGGAGAUGCCGGACGUCGAGAUCGUUCUCGUGAAUGAGAUCGUCGGAGGUGCGGAGACGGCAGGCUACCUGCUGAAGUACGACUCUAUCCAUGGGCCUUGGGGGCGCGAGGUGGAUUUCGAGGGUGACGCGGAUUCGUUCAGCGUGGACGGCAAGCGUGUGGCCGUCACCAUCAACGCCAAGAUCGCCGACACCGACUGGGCCUCGCACGGCGUCGAUGUCGUCUGUUGCUGCACCGGUGUGUUCUUGACGAAGGAGAAGCUACAGCCGUACUUCGACGGAGGCGUGAAGAGGGUCGUCGUCUCCGCCCCGGUCAAAGAGGAGGGCGUCCUGAACGUGGUGAUGGGCUGCAACGACGAUCUGCUGUCGGACGAGCACGUCAUCUGCACGGCCGCUUCGUGCACCACCAACUGCCUGGCACCCGUUGUGAAGGUCAUCCACGAGAAACUCGGAAUCGCGCACGGGUGCAUCACGACCAUCCACAACGUUACCGGAACUCAGCCCAUCAUCGACAUGGCAAUGACCAAGAAGAAGGACUUGAGGCGCUGCCGCUCGGGCAUGCUCAACCUUGCCCCUACCUCCACCGGGUCGGCGACGGCCAUCGCCACGAUCUUCCCGGAGCUGAAGGGGAAGCUUAACGGCCUCGCCAUCCGCGUGCCCAUGCUCAACUCAUCUAUUACCGACUGCGUUUUCGAGGUGAAGCGCGAGACCACCGGGAUGGAGGUGAACGAGCUGCUGAAGGCCGCAUCUGAGGACGGCCCGCUCAAGGGAAUCAUGGGCUACGAGACCCGCCCCCUCGUGUCCACGGACUACACCAACGACGAGCGCUCGGGUAUCGUCGACGCGCGCAGCACCAUGGUGGUCGACGGCACUUGCGUGAAGAUCUACGCCUGGUACGAUAACGAGUGGGGAUACUCCAAGCGGAUGGCCGAGCUCACUUGCAAGGUUGCUCGGACCUUCUUCUCCUGAAUACAUGCAUUCGCCCGUCGCAUGCCAUGCAUGCCUCCCAUGCCGUCAUCAGCUUCUAGGCAAACAAGGAGGGAGUAGGAGCGAGACUUCGCCGGGAGAAAGUUGUGCUCUUGUGUUGUAUGACUUCCUGAUUGAGAAUCGCCUUGGGCGCAAGGCGUGGCGUCUUGCCCGCCCCGCAACCUCGAGCGGCCACAGAAAUACAUGUAAUGAUACGGGGUUUAUCUAGAGGGCGCAGGGCAGGCAAACAGAGAACAUCAUAAUACGUGUAGGGAGGGACGCGGAAAGGAGAAAGAAAGGUGAAAGACGGAGAGCGAAGGGUAGAUCGAGGACUAACGAGCGCGAGACCGGGGUGUUUAUUUUUUAGUGAUGUACCACACGCCUUCAGCGUUCCUGUUCUGUUCUGUGUUUUGUGUAUUUUGCGCCAGGGGAGAGGAAGGCUGUGUGUCGCUUGGGGUCGAGUUCUAUUUAUUGUUUCGUUGGACCUACCUUGCCCUCCCCCACCCCCCCGGCCCUCUUCUUUGCAGCGGGUACCUAUGCGUAAAAGGUUCUUCCUUGCUACAUGUAGUCCCGCUUGGGAGAAACAACAUCGUUUUGUUGGUUCUACGACUGUAUCGCAAGUUUUAGAGAGGAAAAAAGUUCAACUUCCGCUGUUGUGUUGAUGGUUUGUUGUUCCCGA